AAGUUCAUCCUAGUUAAAUGAUGACGCCAUUAGUGAAAAUGUUAUGGGAUCCGAAUAGUAAGAGCCACCUUUGGCAUGUCUUGUUACAAAAAAAGCUUCUGUUACAUUGAAGGCACCGUCGUGGACAAAAAUGCGGCUGAAGAGGUCAGCGAGUUGCACGAAAACGUCUGGUAUAGAAUGAAGCCCCCCAGACAGGAGAAAGUCAUGUAUGCACCGUUCGUUUCCGCAAGACAGGUCGAUUUAGUGCGAAAUAUGCUACUGGGGAGGACGCCCCUCAAAGUUUUUGAUUACGAGCGGGAGUGUAAGAAGAAGAAGGAAGCGAAGGCGGCUGAAGAACUGUGCAGGAGGGAGAUUAAUGAGAAGCCUGACGUGAAAGUAAAGAAGUCGUCAGUCAAAUUUCUUAACAGAAACAUUUAUUUUAUGAAUGAUAACAAUAAUUAAUUUUGAAUGAUUUAAAUACACCGAAGCAGCGAA